CACACAAACUGGCGUUGGAUUGUAAGAGAGCAGGGACACUUUAAAGAGCAGGAGCAGUCUAGUGGAUGAGGUGGAAACUGCGGGUGAAGCCGAGAAGUUACUUUGAAAGUCCGUCAGCGCUUGUGCGUAAAAUGAAAGCGCUGCGUAAAUGUCCGCGUGUCCACUUUUGGACGAGAUGGUAGAUGAAAUUCUAAUUUUAAAAAAAGCUGGAAAGUUGACCGGAAAGUAUCUCUGAACUAGUGUCAGGGCAAAAUAAUUUAAAAUAUUUUUUUAAAAUCUGCGUUUGGUACGGAUGCUGCUGGAAGUCGCUCCACAUCUGCACUCCACUUAUUUCCUCUUUGGUCACAUUUGAACCAUGGCUUACUCUCAGCUGGGAUACUCCUACUCCACCACGCCACAGUUUCUGAUGACUUCAGGCUCCCUGGCCGGUUGCUUGGAGCCGGGAACCCCCCCGUCCCACCCGGUGCUGCGCUCACCGGGCCACCAGCUCACCCCAGGAGCAGGCAUCGGCGUCUACAGCGGCCCUUAUCCAAAGAGCCAGAGCUAUUACAACACCUGCGCUACGGACGCCGCUCUCUAUUCCAGAGGGCCACUAGAUCACAAAGAAGGAGCUGCAUCUGUGCAUGUGGGGACAUCUCAGACUCCUGCCUAUUAUCCUUAUGAAUACACAUUUGGACAAUAUCCUUAUGACAGAUAUGGUUGUAAAAGCUCAGAUGACCGAGGCUGUGAAGAUGACAGUGAUGAAGCUGAGAAGCCACUUAAAAGUGACAAGGAGCUUCCUGAGCAACAGUGCGCAGACCUGCAGAGUGAUCUUGAGGACUUUGAUCUGCUGGAGUCUGAUGCUUCUGACUGUGAUCCGAAGCCACAGUUUCUACCUGAGGACAAUGAAGUGAACCCAAACACAGAGCUACCCCACGUGCAUCUCGCACACAACCCAGAUACACUGCACAGAAAAGAGAGACUGUCCCCCGACUGCCCCAAACUCACAGCGGUCCAGCACCAAAGCAGCUCCUUCUAUCUUAAUGCAGACCUUCGAAGCACAGACGCCAAACCCAAAAUCUGGUCCAUCGCUCACACUGCUGUGUCUUUGGAUGCCAGCUUGCAGUCCGAGUACCCGCCGUGUAUGCUGUCAUCAACCGGUACUUCCUCGUCACCCGGGUAUCCGACCAACAUGGCACUCACCAAGACAGAAAGGCAACAGGAAUCUCCAGUCGCCACACUCAGAGAAUGGGUGGAUGGCGUUUUCCACGGCCCUCCUUUCCAACAGCCCAAACCGGCUGAGGUGUGGAAAGGCCUAAACGAAGCUACGAUAGAGAGCAGAACACCUGGACAGUCCUUUGAAAUUGGGCGGUCUGCUUCAGCUUUGUAGUCCAUCAACAAGCCAUCGUUGGGAGAGACUGACUUAAACUCGACUUAAAGUGAAAGUCGAUAUUUUGACUGUGUGACUUGAUCAGCUGACCGUUCACUAAGAGCCACUCCCUGUUUGCCUGUUGAAGUUUCCAUUUUGUUUUAAGGCAGGACCGCCAGUUCAAGUUCAACAACUGUUUUUGCGGGCUUGAAGACAGUGGGUAAAAAUGUCAUGCUUAGAGUAAAAUCUUAGUAUCUUUAUCAGCUCACAAUCCAGACUGAGCCAUGCUAACAAGCUUAAGUGAAAGCAGUGUCAUCCCCCGUUGCACUGUUUUUCCUCGUUCAGAGAAUGGUUUAAAAAAGACAUUCCUUUUACUAAAGGCCCAUGCACACUGCUUCAGGAAAUCCAAGGCCCGGCAGACCCGCUCUGCAUAGUCACAGUUGCUAAGAUAUGAUUGGAAAAUAGUUUAUUUUAUUGAAGGAAUUUAGUGAACGGUCAGUUAUCGGUGUAUGAUCCUAAUGUGGCAAUUUGAUAUUCUCAAUGCUCUCUUACAAGUUACAGACUGUUGCAAACUACAUCAACGAUCAACUGUCACUGCACACUUCUCUGCUCCAAGGCUGUAUGAUGCACACACAUGAAAAAAUACAGUGUUGUACACUUGCACUAUAGCCUGCACAUGCACUGAGUCACAGAAAUAAAAGGCGUGUUCCUUAGCAUGGCAAAGUUCUCCGACUGUGCCCUUACAUUAGCUGCCCGCUGUCUGGAACCAAUAGUAGAAUCACGUUAGCUGAUAUAAAUCCAGUUCAGGGGAAAGGGAAUAUACCUCGGCAGUUUUGGAUGCGUGUGUGUGUGUGUGUGUGCCACAGACAGGGUAUUUGUGUGUGUUUUGAAGGAAAGAAAGGGGGAAUGUGAGUGGUAUUCAGCCGUGACUAAUGGAAACACACAGAGGAGGGUGCUGCUAAAUUGUUAAAUCGAUGCCACUUCCACCUCGGCUCCAGAUAUAGCUGCAAUCAGCGAUGCGUCUCUUUUCAUUAGGCGGCUUUUGACUUUGUCAACCUGGGACUGCAAGAAAAUCCACCACAAGCAAAAUGCUUCAUAAAAGCUCUUAAGUAAUUUUAACUAAGUGUCACGUCUUUAUCCCCUCUGGUGAUUUCUUUUUCAUGCAGGCAAUAAAUAGAAAAGAUUGCUAUAAUAAACAGGAAUCAGGCAGUUAUCAUUAGCCUAAAUAACUUUUUUUUUUCAAGAAAAAAUGCGUUUUCAUCAACUUUAAUUAUUAAAGGAACCUCCACAAAUUUCACAAAUAAAGCACAACAAGAAACAGUGAA